AUGGCCUUGGCGCGCUUCAUGGGGUCCUCGGACUUGAAGAUGCCGCUGCCGACGAAGACGCCGUCCAUGCCGAGCUGCAUCAUGAGCGCCGCGUCCGCAGGUGUCGCGACGCCGCCGGCGGCGAAGUUGACGACGGGGAGCUUGCCCGUCUUCGCGCACUCGGCGACGAGGUGGUAG